GGCUUUGGCUGACAACAGAAAACAGCUAGGAAAUCUCUCAGCUGAUUGAUUGGGACGAUCUUUAUCUAAAGCACAGAAAACACAGACGCCAGGCUUGUGCUUGUCCUGUUUCACAGAAGAGAAAGAGAAAUGGAGACUGUUUAUAGGAAGAUGCAGCUCCUACUGCUACUCCUCACUUGUGUGUGGUCUCAUGUAGCCUCACAGCACCGUUUAGUGGAGGAUAUCUGUGCUGCCAAGCCAAAGGAUAUCCCAGUAAAUCCAAUCUGCAUCUACCGCAAUCCUGAGAAGAAACUACAGGAGGAUGCAAGUCCUGGUUCUGAUUCAGAGGCAAUCCCCGCCUCUACCAACCCUCGUGUCUGGGAGUUGUCCAAGGCCAAUUCCCGUUUUGCUGUCGUCUUCUACAAGAACGUGACCAGCUCCAAGAAUACCAAUGAAAAUGUCUUCAUGUCACCAAUCAGCAUCUCUACAGCCUUUGCCAUGACUAAGUUGGGGGCCUGUGGCAGCACACUUCAACAGCUCAUGACGGUUUUUAAGUUCGACAGCAUUUCAGCCAAGACGUCAGAUCAGAUCCACUUCUUCUUUGCCAAACUGAACUGCCGGCUUUUCAAGAAAAUCAAUAAAUCCUCAGAACUAGUAUGUGCCAACCGACUCUUUGGGGAGAAAUCCAUUGUUUUCAAUGAAACCUACCAAAAUAUAAGUGAGGUUGUUUAUGGAGCUAAACUUUGGCCAUUGAAUUUCAAGGAGAAGCCGGAGUUGUCUCGAGCUAUCAUUAACAACUGGGUAGCAAAUAAAACGGAGGAUCUCAUCCAGGGAGUCAUUCCAGAAGGAGGCAUUGACCACAACACGGUUUUGGUGCUCGUCAAUACCAUCUAUUUCAAGGGCCAUUGGAAAUCCAAGUUCCCCGUUGAAAACACACAGAUGGAGCUGUUUUUCAAAACACCGUCAGAUUCCUGCCUGGUGCCUACAAUGUACCAGGAAGCUUCCUUCCGCUACGCCUCCAUCCCAAGUUCCCAAGUGCAGGUUCUGGAGCUCCCCUACAAAGGGGACGAUAUCACCAUGGUGCUUAUCCUGCCCUUCCAGCAAACGUCCUUGGCUCAGGUGGAGCAAGAGCUGACAGCAGACAAGUUGGAAGGCUGGCUCAACGCCCUGAAAGAGGCCUCCCCCGCAGUUCAUUUGCCCCGGUUCAAGAUAGAUGACAGCUUCAGCCUAAAGGAGAAACUGGAACAAAUGGGAUUGAAGGAUCUCUUCCGUCCUGGACAUGCCAGCCUGCCAGGUAUAAUUGCAGAAUCGCAAACAGACCUUUAUGUUUCUGAAGCCUUCCACAAAGCCUCCCUCGAGGUGAAUGAGGAAGGCAGCGAGGCAGCUGCUGCCACAGCGAUCAUUGUCACGGGCCGUUCAUUACGUUUGGACAAACUUGUCUUCCAUGCCAACAGACCUUUCAUGGUGCUAAUACGGGAGGUUGCUCUCAACUCUAUCCUCUUCAUGGGCAGAGUUUCUGAUCCAUGCUCUGUUAACCCAUCAGUUGAUUUGUAAUGGUCUCGCCUUCUAUUUCUCGGCAUCUGUCUAGCUAAUAAAUGUUCUUCCUUAGAAUAUUUCGACAUGCUACCCUGCUGUAAAAUCUCUCUCUCUUAUUCCUCUUGUGAACAUUUUGUUCCUGUAGGUUAUGCAGGCCUGACAUUAGAGAUAAAUGUGUUGCUUUAAGUGAGUUUUUAUCUUUGUUUUAUUAGUUUUUAUUUGCUCAUUGCUUCAGGAGCCUUAAAUAAAUUUUCCUACAGUCCACCCAUUACAUAAUUGCAAUGACUGCUCUGCUCUUGGAAAAUAUCUGGUCUCUUGAUCAAAUAGAUGAUUGAAAUCAGUAAACUAGUUGGAAUUCAUUGCAUUCAUCAAAUUAAGAUCUCAAAUCCCAGUCAAGGGAAUAUAGGGAUGAGGGAAUUUUGGUGGGAGUCUAGAUUUAUCCAGAUGUGUACAGUUCACAAUACUACUUUCAAAGAAGUGGGUUUGGAUCUAUGAAAACUCAUGCAUAAAUAAAAACUAGCUAAGUCUUAAA